AUGUCCAAAGCGCCGACAGCGCCGAUCUCGCCGUCGCUGCCAAAUCCGAAGUCCUUUCGUCCUACACAUCAUGCCUCCGAUACUGAUCGUUACGAUCGUCCCACGCUUCACGUCCCGGAGAUUCCGGAAAACGUUCCACGUAAGCAGCCUCCCGGACAUCCACCAGCGCGAAUCGCGGACGCCGAGGUUGCAGCAGCGGACAGCGACGAAAACGGCGGCGUGUUUUCCGCUUUGGAUUACGAAUCGCAGUUAUUCUCGCAUCUGCUUCCACAGCUCUUCUCACAACCCUUCCCUCUCCUCCUCCACGCUCCUGAUGACGUCAGCAGCCUGCAGAGCACCGGCCAACCGUCUAGAAGCACGGACCGUCCAUGCAACGCUAUAGCUGGUAACCCGACGGAGGGUAACCUUACGGAUGAGUACGCGGAAUCGAUGGCAGCGGGUUACAGCGAAGAUGGUUACCAUUUUCAUAGCAUUCCGUCGCGUGAAACCCUGGAGUUGAGUUUCCAGAAUGGAGACGAAUGCGGAAGCCUCUUCGAAUUUGAUGCGGGGAACCAUGAGUUUGGGCUCCAGUGGAACCACGACGUGGCAGGCCAUGACGUGGCAGACCGUGACGUGGCGGACGUGGCAGACCGUGACGUGGCUGGCCAUCACGAUACAGGCCAUGACAUGGCGAAUCCCAAGGAGCCCAGUUGCGACGGGCAAGGCCCAGUGGUGGUCGAGCAAGGGGCUGUGUCGAACCAGGAAUUGGCAGAUGGAGGCGAGAUUGCAGGCAAAGGGAUUGGCGGUGAAGAGGUGGGGGGAGAAUCGGUGGGAGGGGAAGCGGUGGGAGGAGAAGGGGAGGGCGGGCAAAACCCAAGGGUUCAAGAGGAUAUCUGGGAGGAUAUUGCAUGCUUAAACGGAACCAAUGCAACGAAUGGUGAAGAGGCAGAAGGUGCGUCUGUCAGAGGGAUGGAGAUGGGUGCUGAGGGCAAUGGCGAGUUGAUGGGUCAAGGGUAUUUGAUGGGCCAGGGAGACGAAAUGCUAGUGGAUGUAGGGGGGGUUGUGGGGGUGGGUGCAUGUGCGUCUCUCAGAGGGAUGAAUGCACCCAUCACUGGUAGUAAGGAGUGUAUCUUAGAGGCGGCUCAGACUGUGGCAUCAGUGGAUCAAGGGGUAACGGAUGUGGGUUUUGCGGGAGAGAAGGGCGGGGACAUUGGAAUGAUGCAAGUUCAAUCAGGGGGCAUGGUGGGCGAUUACGGCAUGGAUGCUGAAGGGGCUAUGGUGAUGGGCGUACACAGCAUAGAUGUAGGUGAUGCCUUCACAGAGAAGGCUGAGCCUCUCUUUGGAAUGCCUGGAGCAGGGGUGACAACUGAGGUUCAUGUGAGGCAGAUGCUGCGUGCCUUUGACCCGCUCUAUGGCGCCCUGGCUGUUGCUGGCAACUCCCCUGCAGAAUCUGCUGCUCCUGGCCUCUUACCUGCUCUACCUGAGAGUUGUACUUUGCCAUGUGUGCCGGGUCUGCAGACUCUGCCAAGUCUACAAGGCCUGCGGAUUCUGCCGGGCCUAUUUGGUUCGGAGGGUCUACCGGGCCUACCGGGCCUUGCUCCGUUUGCUGCCAUCCAGUGGUUUGGGUUAAGGCUCAACUGCGUGCUAAGUAAGACGCUUAAUGCAAGAAGCCCCUCGUUCCGCGUUACUGCUGCAGCUGCACCCGCAAGCAAUCAGCACGGACAGCCCUCCCUGUCACCACAGAAGCUUCUGCUUCCUUCCACGCCUCUACAGCCACCGCCUUUGCUGCUGCCGCAGCCAGCGCUGCCAUUCUCGACGCCUGUUCUCCACUGUGCGCUAUCCCAACCAUGGGAACCACCUGCGAACAUUGUCGUGGGUUUCUGUGGUGUCCGCAGGAAACCAUCAAAAGAAGAGAAGAUGGAGUUUAUGGCCGCAUUCAACAUUACAAAAAAACAGGUUGAAGACUGGUUUGUGAAUGCUCGAGCACGGUUGUGGAAGCCUUUGACUGCAAAAUUGUGUGCUGAAACUGUGAGAGAGCAAAGAAUAUUCGAUGUUGUAGUCAAGGAGGCUGCAGACACUUACAUUUCCAAGCCGGCUGAGAAAGAAUCGCCAGUUUUGAUGACCCCGGAGCUGUUGGCAGAGGCUUAUGAACGGUGUGGAGAAGUUUGUGCCGAGUACGCCAAGACAUUUUAUCUUGGGACGAAACUGAUGACUCCCGAGAGGCGCCGAGCUAUCUGGGCCAUUUAUGUCUGGUGCCGGAGAACCGACGAGCUAGUGGAUGGUCCGAACGCGUCGCACAUCACCCCGAGGGCUCUAGACAGAUGGGAGGAGCGCCUGGAUGAGCUCUUCCAAGGUCGGCCGUACGACAUGCUGGAUGCUGCUCUCUCAGACACCAUCCAGACGUUCCCGAUGAGCAUUCAGCCGUACAGAGACAUGGUCGAUGGCAUGCGGAUGGACCUGAGGAAGUCCCGAUACCGCACGUUUGACGAGCUCUACGUGUACUGCUACAAUGUGGCUGGCACUGUGGGUCUCAUGAGCGUUCCUGUCAUGGGAAUCGACCCUAAGUCCAAAGUGCCGGUAGAGGAUGUGUACAAGGCUGCUCUGGACCUUGGCAUUGCCAAUCAGCUCACAAACAUCUUGAGAGAUGUUGGAGAAGAUGCUCAGCGCGGUCGCGUGUACCUUCCUCAGGACGAACUGGCCCAGUUUGGUCUCUCUGACGAUGACAUCUUCGAGGGCAAGGUUACUGACAACUGGCGCGGUUUCAUGAAGUUCCAGAUUGAGAGGGCUCGCAACUACUUCAAGACAGCAGAAGCAGGCGUGGUUGAGCUUGACAGGCAAAGCAGAUGGCCGGUGUGGGCCUCCUUGAGGCUCUAUGCUCAAAUCCUUGAUGCCAUUGAAGCCAAUGACUACAACAACUUCACCAGAAGGGCUUAUGUCUCGAAGUGGAAGAAGAUGAUGUCACUCCCUGGAACUUACAUUGUUGCUGCUAAGGGCCCCCAGUAG